UCCCCGGUCCCCUCCGGAGCGCGUCUGGCUGCGGCGGCGGCGGCUCCUCCGUCGAGAGGCGGGGAGCGGGGCCGGGAGCGAGUGGGGGAGCCCGGGAGGGGCCCCCCUUAAAGGCCGCCGCCUGCUCGCUCGCUCGCUCGCUCCUCUCUGGGCGCGCGCGGCCGCCGCUCGAGCUCCGGUUCCCCCGCCGCCGCCGCCGCCGCCGCCGCCUCGGGGUGGGGACCCGGGCGGGGGCCCCCGCAGCCGCCGCCACCGGACGCGCGGCGCACGGAGCGCCCCAGUCCUUCCGGCGCGGAGCCCGCUGCAGCCGCCGGCCGGCCUCCCCGGGGCCGCCUUUGUCGCCGCAGCGGCCGCCGCAGCAGCAGCUCCGGAGCCGCGGCCGGCGGGGGCGCGGCGCGCACGGCCCGGCCAUGCCCAGCUCGCUGUUUGCAGACCUGGAGCGCCACGGCGGCGGCGGCGGCGGGGGCGGCGGCGGCGGAGGGGAGACCCUGGACGACCAGCGGGCCCUGCAGCUCGCGCUGGACCAGCUGUCCCUCCUGGGGCUGGACAGCGACGAGGGCGCCUCCCUGUACGACGGCGAGCCGCGCAGGAAGAGCGUGAACAUGACCGAGUGCGUGCCGGUGCCCAGCUCGGAGCACGUCGCCGAGAUCGUGGGCAGGCAAGGCUGUAAAAUCAAGGCGCUCCGGGCCAAGACCAACACGUACAUCAAGACGCCGGUGCGCGGGGAGGAGCCGGUGUUCGUGGUGACGGGGCGGAAGGAGGACGUGGCCAUGGCGCGCCGGGAGAUCAUCUCGGCGGCCGAGCACUUCUCCCUCAUCCGCGCCUCCAGGAACAAGACCUCGGCGCUCAACGGAGGAGGAGGAGGGAGCGGCGGCGGCGGAGGCGGCGGCGGCGGAGGGGGCGCCGCGCCGGGGCCCCCCCACCUGCCCGGCCAGACCACCAUCCAGGUGCGCGUGCCCUACCGCGUGGUGGGGCUGGUGGUGGGGCCCAAGGGCGCCACCAUCAAGCGCAUCCAGCAGCAGACGCACACCUACAUCGUGACGCCGAGCCGCGACAAGGAGCCUGUGUUCGAGGUCACGGGGAUGCCCGAGAACGUGGACCGCGCGCGCGAGGAGAUCGAGGCGCACAUCGCGCUGCGCACCGGCGGCGGCGGCGGCGGCGGCGUCGGGGGCGGCGGCGGCGGCGGCCUCGUGGAGCUCCCGGACGACAACGACUUCCACGCCAACGGCACCGACGUGGGCUUCGACCUCGGGUCCGGCGGCGGCGGCGGCGGCGGGGGGUCCGGGCCGGGCAGCCUGUGGAGCAAGCCCACGCCCACCCCGGGCCGCAAGCCCUUCGCCAGCUACCGCAACGACAGCUCCAGCUCGCUGGGCAGCGCGUCCACGGACUCCUACUUCGGCGGGGGGACCACCCCGCGCCUGGCCGACUACAGCCCCCCGAGCCCCGCGCUCAGCUUUGCGCAAAACGGCAGCAACGGCACCGGCAACGGGUACGCCUACGCCGGGGCCGGGGAGCCCCCCGCGCCCUCCCCCGACGGCGGCGGCGGCUGCUGCGCGGAGCUCCCGCCGCCUCCGCCCGCCUUCGACCCCGCGCCCGCGCCCCCGCCCGGGGCGCCCCUGCUCUGGGCGCAGUUCGAGCGCUCCCCCGGUGGCGGGGGGCCCCCGACGGUCUCCUCCGGCGCCUCCUCCUCCUCCUCCUCCUCCUCCGCGUCUUCCUCCGCCUCGUCUUCCUCCGUGGUGUUCCCCGGGGGCGCGCCCCCCGCCGGUGCCAGCAACCUGGGGCUGUUGGUGCAGCGCCGGCUGCCCCCGGGCGCAGGCUGCCCGCGCCUGUCGCCGCCCCUGCACGCGGCGGCGGCGGCGGCGCCGCCCCCCACGGGGCCCGGGGAGCACCCCCUGGCGCGCCGGGUGCGCAGCGACCCGGGCGGAGGGGGCCUGGCCUACGCGGCCUUCGCCAACGGGCUCGGGGCGCCGCCGCCGCCGCCGCCGCCGCCGCUGCCCCCCGACACGUCGGUCUCCUCGUCGUCCUCCAGCUCCUCCUCCAGCUCCUCGUCCUCGUCCUCCUCCUCGGCGUCCUCGUCCACGACGGGGCUGCGGCGCAAGGGCAGCCGCGACUGCUCCGUGUGCUUUGAGAGCGAGGUGAUCGCCGCGCUCGUGCCCUGCGGCCACAACCUCUUCUGCAUGGAGUGCGCCAACCGCAUCUGCGAGAAGAGCCAGCCCGAGUGCCCCGUGUGCCACGCCGCGGUCACCCAGGCCAUCCGCAUCUUCUCCUGAGCGCAGCGCGCCCAGGGGAGGGGGACCCAGGCCUCCAAACGCAUCCCCAGCGCGCGCAAACCCGGUGCGCCCUGGGGAGGGGGGACCCAGCUCUCCAAACUCAUCCCCAGCGCGCCCCGGGGAGAGGGACCUGGGGAGAGGGACCUAUGUCUCCAUCCUCAUCCCCGGUGCGCCCCGGGGAGUGGGGGGGCCCAGGACUCCAAACUCAUCCCAAGCGCGCGCAGCUGGUGCGCCCUGGGGAGGGGGGGACCCAGGUCUCCAAACUCAUCAGCGCGCGCCCCCCGGAACCCUCACCCUCCUGGUGCCCGACCUUCCUCCCCGCUCACCCCUCGGGAGACCAGAGGAGGCGCAUGGGAAGCGGAAUGAUCCAUUUUUCCAUUUAUUUUUCUCUCCCUCCCCCAACAACAACAAAGGAACUUGCCAAGGAUUUCUGUCCGCAAGAAUCCUGCGGGGCCCCCCCCCCCCCCGACACCUCCGAACCCCCUCCCGAAAUGCAUGCUCUAUACAUAUAGGAUCGGCGACCUAGGGAUAGUUUUGACACUGUACUUAAUAGCAAGCUUCCAGAAGGAAAUACUCCCCCAAACCCUGACCCCCUCUCCAUGCUCUUCAUGUAGGAAAACCAUGGACAGUGAUUUAGGGUGAAGAUGCUGAUGAUGACAAUAGUAGUGUUACGUAUGGGGUAUGUGGCCUGUCUUUUCGUGAAUCCUCCCUUUUCCCUCCCCCCUCCCCUCUGUGGCUGGGUUCCUAUUGAUGCUUGUUCUAGAACACCAUGGUGGUGGUGGGGGGGGAGAGUUUCUUCCCCAGAAUGUUCUAGAACACCGUGGAUCUUUCCAGAAUGUUCUAGAACACCGUGGGUCCUUCUGGAAUGUUCUAGAAGCGCCAGGCAUUCCGGAGACACCCCGGGGGGGGGGGGGGGGGGGAUACUGCAGCUUUAUGAAAAGUGAAGAGAAACUGUAACAUAUCUCUUAUCUAUUAAGAAAAAAAAAAGGAAGAAAAAAAAUACGUUUAAAAGUUUUAAAAGAGAAAUCUUGCAUUCCUACAGAUCGAAGUAUUUUAUUCUUUUUUGACUUGAAGAAUUAUAUUUCAUAUUGCAAAGAUGUUUACAAGUAUUUUAAUUUAAGUUCAGUGAACUUUUUUGUAGCUGGGUUUAAAAGAAAAAAAAAAUCUUUUUUAUUUUUUCGUACGGGCCUCAUCGGCGAAAGAACAAACACUGUAUUCUUUUAAAUAAUCCACUCUGUUGUGACGGGAUUACAAAA